AUGACCCGGGUUGCUCGAAAGAAACUCGUUGUAGUCGGUGACGGUGGCUGUGGCAAGACCAGUUUACUUGUGGUUUACAAAAGAGGCGCCUUUCCAGAGCGUUAUGUUCCCACUGUAUUUGAGAAUUACAUUGCAAGUGUUCAACUCGAUAACAAGACGAUCCAGCUGGCGUUGUGGGAUACUGCUGGCCAGGAAGACUACGACAGACUGAGACCGCUCUCUUAUCCCGAGACCGACGUCGUCUUGAUUUGCUUUGCCAUUGAUCAAAGAACGUCUUUCACCAAUGUACAGGAUAGGUGGCUUCCCGAAGUAACCCAUUUUUGCGAAGGUGUUCCCAAGCUCCUCAUAGGCACCAAGAUUGAUCUACGUGAUAACGCUACCAGAAUCGCGCAGUUGAAUGCGUUGGGUAGUCAACUUAUCACUUACGAGCAGGGUGAACGUCUUGCAAAGGAGAUUGGAGCAAAAUACCAUGAAUGCAGUGCCAUGCUCAACAAAAAUGUGAAUGAAGUCAUCGAAGCGGCUACCAGAGCUGCCAUGUCAGGCGGUAUCAUGAAGCUGCAAAAAAAGUUGUGCACGCUGUUGUAA